UCAUGAGAAGUUACUUGAGAUCUUGUGUGUAAACAAGACUCCCUGUAAUGAAUACACCUGUCCUGUGCCAGGUUGCCUGGGGCAUCCUCCGUGAGGGUAUAGAAAUCCCAGCUGCCUGGGAGUGGGGCCUGGUCAUCUUUUGAGUUCCCCGUGGGCCCCUGUCUGUGCCUGCCUGAGCUGGAGAAGACCCAAGACCAGAAGGGAAGUUCUCAGUUUGGGCCUUGGAGGGUUUUAGUUUCUCUUCCUCCUCCUUCUCCUUCUGGGAAUUUUUUUCAGCACAUUCAGAAAGGCCAAAGUCGACAAAAACACUCUGGGUGGCUCUCCCUGGUGACUUCCACCCUGGAGAGAGCCCUAGGAAGCAGCAGCUUGCCCAGGCCCAGGCCUGAAGUUCUUUUUUUGUGCUGUGUUUUGAAGGCAUUUGAUGCUGAGCUGGCCGCUGCAGAAUGAACCACAGCUCUGAGAAGGGGAAGUAGGAACAGCUGGCACCCUGCCAUGGCCUGUGAACCACAGGUGGACCUGGGGGCCGCUGGCCCGUUGCCUCCCUCCUCCCCUGGCUGGAGUGCCCUGCCUGGAGGGAGCCCUCCUGGCUGGGGGCAAGAGCUCCACAAUGGCCAGGUCCUCACUGUUCUCCGGAUCGACAACACCUGUGCACCCAUCGCCUUCGAUCUGGGAGCCGCAGAAGAGCAACUGCAAACCUGGGGCAUCCACCAGGUCCCAGCUGACCAGUACAGAAGCUUGGCAGAGAGUGCCCUCUUGGAGCCCCAAGUGAGAAGAUACAUCAUCUACAACUCAAGGCCUAUGCGGCUGGCCUUUGCUGUGGUUUUCUACGUGGUGGUGUGGGCCAAUAUCUACUCCACCAGCCAAAUGUUUGCCUUGGGGAACCACUGGGCUGGCAUGCUGCUCGUGACGCUGGCCGCAGUGAGCCUGACCUUGACUCUUGUGCUGGUCUUUGAGAGACACCAGAAGAAGGCCAACACCAACACAGACCUGAGGCUGGCAGCUGCCAAUGGAGCCCUCCUGAGACACAGGGUGCUGCUGGGGGUGACAGACACAGUGGAAGGAUGCCAGAGUGUGAUUCAGCUUUGGUUUGUCUACUUCGACCUGGAGAACUGUGUGCAGUUUUUGUCUGAUCAUGUUCAAGAAAUGAAGACUAGCCAAGAGUCCUUGCUGAGAAGCAGAUUGAGCCAGUUGUGUGUUGUCAUGGAGACUGGGGUGAGCCCUGCAACAGCGGAGGGGCCUGAGAACUUGGAGGAUGCUCCUCUCUUGCCCGACAGUUCUCGUCCUAUGGAGAGGCCACUCAUGCAGACUGAGCUUCACCAGCUCGUUCCCGAGGCUGAGCCAGAGGAAAUGGCCCGCCAGCUGCUGGCAGUGUUUGGUGGCUACUAUAUCCGGCUUCUAGUGACCUCCCAGCUCCCUCAGGCAAUGGGGACACGACACACGAACUCUCCAAGAAUUCCAUGCCCCUGCCAGCUCAUAGAAGCCUACAUCCUGGGCACAGGGUGCUGCCCGUUCCUGGCCAGGUGACCUAGGAAUGAAGGUACUCAUCUUCCUCCAAGACUGAGCAGUCGGGAAAGCUUCAGGAGCCCGAGAUGGGCAAUGGGGAGUCCCAGGUGAGGAGAGAAGUAUCUGGGGGCACUCCAAAAUGGGUCUGACCUGUCAGCAACUGGGGUGUUGUGCUCAUUCCGGGACCCAGCACAGAAAUCCUUUUUUGACAUCUCAUGCUGACCCCUGGCCUUUGCAGAAGCUGACAGCUACAGAGCUAGUCCCACCAAAGCUACUGUCUCUGCUGCUUAGAACUGUGGACAUGUAUGGAAGGACUGGUCCCCCAUCCCUUUCAUUGUCCAGAGAGCCCAGGAGAUGUGAAGAUGACCAGACUGGGUGAAUCAUGUGUCCAAAACUUGGCCUCAGAUAAUGUUUCCAUCUCCAACCCCUCCAUGCCAGAUGGGGAAACUGAUGCUCAGUGAGGAUACUACUCUAUGUGGCAUUGCCUUGAAUCCUUAAAAUGAUCAGACUGCCUCUUUCCAAUAUGAAGAAAAAAAAGUAAGUUUUCAGAAUUCUCUCCAUUUUUUAAGUUUUUCUCUCCCAUAUUUUGUGAAAAACAGUGGAACAGGUACAUGUUGUCUAUCAGUACACAAGCUACAGAAGACAGAGACGGAAGACAGAGGUCAAGGACAGAUAACUCUUGACAGGAGUAUUUGGGAAAGAUUGAUCCUGUUUCACUUGAGAACUUACUUUGUUCACAGGUACGCACGCUUGUGGUUGUGGUUUUAUGUUACAGAUGUAGAAGAACAGUUCUGUUUCCCGACACGAAUGUUGUCCUGGAAUGAAGUGGGAUCAGUCACUUGUGGAAUUCUGUGAAGAGCUCAGAGGCUUCCAAGUGAUCUGCUCCUGAACAAGUCUGAAGACCUAUUGUUUCACAGACCCAAGUCCAAAUGCCCUGACCUGGCAUCUGAAGGAUCCCCAGCCGCUAAGACCUUGCCUUCGUGUGCGAUUUUGCCUCAUCUCCCACAAAACCCCUUUAUGAGUUGAAGCUCUUUCCUAGACUGACAUACCUAUUCCUUUCUAUUUGUUGGACUCCUAGUCGUGCUUCAAAGUCCAGCUUUCUGUAGCCCUUCUUUAGGGAGCCUUCCUACACAGCCAGCCCUGCUGCUGUCUGCCUCCUUUAAAUUCUUGAUACAGCUGCUGCCUGUUCUGAUGUUUUAUGGUAUUGAUUCUGUUUUCCUGUGUACAUGCCAGUUUUUCUAGCUGGACUGUAAACUCCUCAAGGACAGAGGCUACACGUUGUACUUUUUGUUUAUGACCUGGACUUGCUAGGGAAAAAAACAAAACAGUCCUGUGGAUUGAUUGCUUUGACAUCCUCACAGCAGCUAAUGCAAAUUGCUGUCCAAGCUCACUUGAACGAUAAGAUUGCUAUGGACCUGGGCUCUGGACCUGAUCUGCCCACUUCAAGCUGUGUAAUUUUUGGCAAAUUGCUUUUUUUGGCUGGUCCUCAGUUUACCUACCUAUAUAAUGGAUGGAUUGGAUGAUUCUUUUUUUACAUUGAGGCAGAGUCUCACACUGUCACCCAGGCUGGAGUGCAGUGGUGCCAUCUUGGCUCACUGCAACCUCUGCUGCCCGGGUUCAAGUGAUUCUCUUGCCUCAGCCUCCCAAGUGACUGGGACUACAGGUGCAUGCUACCAAGUCUGCUAAUUUUUUUGUAUUUUUAGUAGAGAAGGGGUUUUACCAUGUUGGCCAGGCUGGUCUUGAACUCCUGGCCUCAGGUGAUCUGCCCACCUCAGUCUCCCAAAGUGCUGGAAUUAUAGGCUUGAGCCACUGCGCCCGGCUCUGGAUAAUUCUUAAGGGCCCUUCUAGGACCAAAGUUCUGGGAGUUUCUAGCUUAUUCAGUUCCCUCGUAGCCCUUAGCCCUUAUCCACAUGCAGAAACAUCUGGCAGCCCCACAUGGCUGAGUUGACCUGGGUCUAGUAUGCCCUUGGAUGGAAGACUAGCCUACCUAGCAGGAGACCUGGAUUUUUCUUUCUGAUCUGCUGCUUCCAAGUUGUGUGACCUUGGCUAAGCCACUUCACCUUUCUGACUGUCACUUCACUUUUUAAUAAAGUGUAUCUGGUGAACAAGAAACGUUAUUAAAGCACAUGACUCACCAUUCAAGAGAUGGGUCUGACCAUUCACUUUCUCUGUGCCAGAGAAGAGAGAUCAUGAGUGUGGACCAGCCCCUGGACAGGCAACUUUAGUCAAGGCUGAGAGCAGCUUUGCCCGAGGAAGUUAUUCAUGAAGGUGACCACUGUCUUUCUGACCUGGCACAGAGGAAAUGUUGGCUGUGAAUAUGACCAAUAGAAAACCUGUAUUUCUCAUUCAGUCCUAGAACCCUGGUAAGUAUAAUAACAGAGAAUAAAAAAGUGUUUGUUAAAUGAAAAA